AUGUUCCCUCCUCACCACGUAAGCCCUCCCCUUCACAGUGCCGGCUCGGCCGCAUACGGCCCCAUCACCCAGUCACAGCUGCUGGGGCGGCUGGGCAUCAACUUCCGCGUGGAGGCAACCCCUUCGUCCCCUCCUUAUGCCCCCUCUCUCCCCCCAAUUCCUCAUCCCCCCUCACCCGUCUCAACCCUCACAGUGCCGGCACGGGCAUACGGCCCUAUAACCCAGUCACAACUACUUGGCCGGCUGGGCAUCAACUUUCGAGUGGAGGCGCUGCUGCGAGUGGCGUCGGAGCAGCAGGCGGAGGCUCUCAGGGACGGGUACUGGCGCCUCGUGGGCGAUGGAGAACCCCCGUGGCUUGAUGAUGAGGAUGAGAGCGAGGGCGUGGAGGGGAAGAUGGCAGAGAGGGAGGGGGAGGUGGGAGUGCGUGGGGCUGAUGGUGGGGCAGGUGGGGGUGAGAGUAAUUCUUCUGGGACAGAUGGUGGUGGUAGCAGCGGCAUGGGAUCGUUUGUGGGCAUGGGAUCGACGUACAAGGCUCUUGUGAUAGCCAGUGAGAAGUUAGGAGUGCCGGUUGGAUUCGAGUGA